CCCAGUGCCACCAGGGCUGCUGACGGGGGUCCAAUCUCUGCAGACCCCUCCGCCGUCAGCAUGGCAAACCGGGGACCAUCGUACGGCCUGAGCCGGGAGGUGCAGCAGAAGAUUGACCGGCAGUACGACCCUGAGCUGGAGCAGGUCCUGGUGCGGUGGAUCCUGGCGCAGUGCGGUGGGGAUGUCGCACAGCCGGCGCCUGGCAGAGAUGGCUUCCAGCAGUGGCUGAAGGACGGCACCGUGCUGUGCCGGCUCAUCAACAGCCUGCACCCACGGGGCCAGGCGCCGGUGGCCAAGAUCCAGGCGUCUGCCAUGGCAUUCAAGCAGAUGGAGCAGAUCUCGCAGUUUCUGCAGGCGGCCGAGCGCUACGGCAUCGCCGCCACCGACAUCUUUCAGACUGUCGACCUCUGGGAAGGGAAGAACAUGGCGUGCGUGCAGAGGACCCUGAUGAACCUGGGCAGCCUGGCCGUGGCCAAGGGCGAUGGGCUCUUCGUGGGAGACCCCAACUGGUUCCCCAAGAAGUCACAGGAGAACCGGCGCAUCUUCUCCGAGGACAAGCUGAAGGAGGGCCAGAGCGUCAUCGGGCUGCAGAUGGGCACCAACCGGGGUGCCUCGCAGGCCGGCAUGACAGGCUAUGGCAUGCCCCGCCAGAUCCUCUGAGCGCCCGCACCACCCCCGGCUGCCCCC